CUGCACUUCUUUAGUUUGUUAUUAACUAUGCGAUCGCUCCUUGGUGGGCUGAAUAGUACUUUGUGAAAGAGCUUGAUUAGAUGCCAGUCAUUCAAUAUUCACGCCCGUAGAGGGCAACAUUUAGCUGAUCACUUGUCUGCCAUUCUCCAGGAACAAAAACGACAUUAACCCAGUUUUGUCUUCAGACAGCCAGCUGUACGCGUAAAGCGGCGAGAGGAUACGACUAAGCUCAACAUUUUGAUGUCAUCAUGGGUGCCUGUUUGGCCUUGUGUUCUUUAGCCAGCUGCGCUUCUUGUCUGUGUGGCUCAGCAUCAUGUCUGCUGUGUAGCUGUUGUCCCUCCUCCAAUAACUCCACUGUUACACGACUGGUUUUCAGCUUCUUUUUGCUGCUAGGCACCUUGGUGUCAGCUAUAAUGAUACUUCCCGGAAUGGAAACUCAGCUGCGCAAAAUCCCAGGAUUUUGCCAGGGAGGAAGCACUGUAUUUGGCCUUGAAAACAAGUUUGACUGUGAUGUCAUCGUGGGCUACAAAUCCGUGUAUCGCAUUUGCUUUGCCAUGACCUGCUUCUUCUUUCUCUUCUUCAUCAUCAUGAUUCGUGUCAGGACCAGCAAAGACCCCCGUGCGCCUAUUCAAAAUGGUUUCUGGUUCUUUAAAUUUCUGAUCCUAGUUGGGAUUACAGUGGGAGCCUUUUUCAUCUCUGAUCCGCUCUUCAAUACUGUGUGGUACUAUUUUGGACUAGUGGGUUCACUCUUAUUCAUUAUCAUUCAACUCAUUCUACUCAUCGACUUUGCCCACUCCUGGAACAAAGCGUGGGUAGAAAAUGCCGAAAAUAAUGACAACAAGUGCUGGUAUGCAGGCCUGGUGUCUUUCACCUUCCUGAAUUACGCCCUGGCUUUCACCGCUGUUGUGUUGUUUUAUGUUUACUACACGCAACCGGAUGACUGCAAAGAGCACAAGAUUGUCAUCAGCCUCAACCUUAUCUUCUGUAUCAUCAUCUCUAUUGUUUCCAUCCUGCCCAAAGUUCAGGAUGCCCAACCUUACUCUGGCCUGCUACAGGCUUCUCUCAUCUCUCUCUACACCAUGUACGUCACUUGGUCCGCACUGACCAACAAUCCAAAUCGUAAGUGUAACCCCAGCCUAUUGAGCAUUGUGUCGAAUGUCAGCACCCCCAACAAUUCUGAGCACACGCCAGGCCACUUGCAGUGGUGGGAUGCUCAAAGCAUUGUUGGCUUGCUCAUCUUUCUCUUCUGCACCCUCUAUGCCAGUAUUCGUUCAUCCAGCAACACUCAGGUUAACAAGCUGCUGCAAACGGAGGAGGGUGGCGGUGAGACUGGAGUGAGUGUGGGAGAGGACGGCGUACGCAGGGCUGUGGACAAUGAGGAGGACGGGGUGACUUACAGCUACUCGGCCUUCCACUUCCAACUGGCUCUGGCGUCGCUGUACAUCAUGAUGACUCUCACCAACUGGUACCUACCGGACACCACCACCCAAGCCAUGCGGACCAGCAUACCGGCCUUGUGGGUGAAGGUGUGUUCCAGCUGGCUGGGUCUCAGCCUGUAUAUGUGGACCCUCGUCGCCCCUCUCAUCUUCCCUGACAGAGAUUUCAGCUGAGCAGAUGGUCUUUUCUUUUCCGUUGGUUUCAUUUUCUCGGCUGGCUUUAGUGAUUUGAAAGGGGCAGAACACCACAAUGAAGUGGAAAUAAUACAGGAAAUGCAAUCAAAUGUUGUUUUUGCCUUUGCCAUCUUACUUGUUUGAUUACUUUAUGUGAUAAUCGACUGCAGAUAUUAAUGAGCCAGGUUAAUGGGAACUUGAGCCCCAAGGAGUCAUUCUUGUUUCCCAUGACUCACCUUGAUAGGCUUCUUCUUGCCACCUGAUAAUGGCAUGUGGGCUGUUCUCUUUAUGCUGAACUUUACUUACCAGACUAUCACGCAGGCUCAGAGAUGAGGCACUUUUGCAAUACCGCAGUUUCAUUUUUAGAUGUCAUGCUGAAGACCAGAUACACCACACUUCCUGUUCACCACGUCAGGAUCCCCGUCCCUUUUGAUUAUUUCAAGGACUCAUUUCACUGCUAGGGGCAAUGUGGGGAAACCUCUUUUCGAGCCCCAGUGAGAGGAGUGCAAAAGUGAGAUAAGAAUAAAAAGGCACACCCUACGAAUCUGAUGAGGGUUCCCUUUUGCAACUCAACUGUUGACACAGGCACAUGAUUGCGCCGCCAGAGAACGAACAAACCAUUUUAAUCUCGGUCUUUCUGGUCUGGUCAAGGUCAAAUAUCCCUGAUGCAACACUUUCUCCAUGUCUGACUGUGUCUGGCCUUGUGCUCAACCAUCUGUACCUGCAUAGCAGCAGGCAGAGAAACAUAUUGAUCUUUGGCAGCAUGCCGUCCUAAGUGACGUGCACGGGGCUCUCUCUGUUCACGCGUAUGUCAUCAUUUCCCAAGAAUUUCAGAAUACAUGAUGCAGUCUGCAAAACAGUCAAACCAGUUUGAAAACCUGUCUUUGCUGUGAUGUGUUUUUCUGCUGUUUUUAAAGUAAUUACCGGUAGAUAGAUUUAUUAUGUUGAUUGCUACAUUUCACUAUGAAUGGAAUUACCCGCCCAACCUGGUGUAUGAAAGUUUAUUUUAUCGGUUGUUUGGCCUACUUAAAGUAAUUUUGUGUUGGUGGGGGGGAGUUUUCUAUCAAGUAUUGUACAGUUUUACAAUCAUCACCUGACUGAAGUGCAUUAUCAAAGCCGAAUUGCCCGUGUUUUAUUUUCUUUUUCAAAAUGCUCAGUGCCUUCUCGUUUAUUUUGCUGCACACAUGGUGGGAGGUCAGCUAUUACAUAUAAUAACACAAAAGCUUCUAUAUUGUAUGGAAGUUGUUUUUUAUUACAAAUUAAACACUUUGACUCGU